UUCUGAAACUCAUCGAGUUCACACUUGCACGCUGCUGCCAGGUAGUUAUAAAAUAAUCUUCAAUUCGAAUAACUUAGAAGCUGAAAUUCAUCAAAAUGCGUGAAAUAGUCCAUGUUCAAGCAGGCCAAUGCGGCAACCAAAUCGGAGCCAAGUUCUGGGAGGUAAUUUCUGGCGAACAUGGCAUCGACCCGACUGGCAGCUACAAUGGUGAUUCCCAACUACAGCUUGAUCGCAUCGACGUCUACUACAACGAGGCUAACGGUGGAAAGUAUGUCCCGAGAGCCGUGCUCGUCGAUCUCGAGCCAGGCACCAUGGACGCAGUCCGUUCUGGUCCAUUUGGUCAGAUCUUCAGACCAGACAACUUCGUCUUCGGUCAGAGCGGAGCAGGGAACAACUGGGCCAAAGGACACUACACAGAGGGCGCUGAACUAGUGGACUCUGUCCUAGAUGUUGUCCGCAAAGAGUCAGAAGGAUGCGACUGUCUUCAGGGGUUCCAACUGACCCAUUCCUUGGGAGGUGGUACAGGGUCUGGCAUGGGCACACUUCUAAUCAGCAAGAUCCGAGAAGAGUUCCCAGAUCGCAUCAUGAAUACAUUUAGUGUGACCCCUUCACCUAAGGUGUCUGAUACCGUUGUCGAACCCUACAACGCCACACUGUCCGUCCACCAACUGGUCGAGAACACCGAUGAGACGUUCUGCAUCGACAACGAAGCCCUCUAUGACAUCUGCUUCCGAACCCUGAAGCUCACUACUCCGACCUAUGGCGACCUGAACCAUCUUGUGUCUGCAACCAUGAGUGGCGUCACAACUUGUCUCAGGUUUCCUGGUCAGCUGAACGCAGAUCUUCGUAAGCUAGCAGUCAACAUGGUUCCAUUUCCACGUCUUCACUUCUUCAUUCCUGGCUUUGCUCCUCUGACAAGCCGGGGAAGUCAAAAGUACCGCGCCAUGACAGUUCCUGAGCUCACCCAGCAGAUGUUCGACGCCAAGAACAUGAUGGCUGCCUGUGAUCCCCGACUUGGUCGCUACCUAACCGUUGCAAUUAUCUUCCGUGGUCGUAUGUCCAUGAAGGAGGUCGACGAACAGAUGCUCAACAUCCAGAACAAGAACAGCAGCUACUUCGUCGAAUGGAUCCCCAACAAUGUCAAGUCUGCUGUCUGCGAUAUACCCCCGCAAGGUCUGAAGAUGUCUGGCACUUUCAUUGGCAACAGUACCUCCAUCCAGGAGCUCUUCAAGCGUAUCUCUGAGCAGUUCACAGCCAUGUUCAGACGAAAGGCCUUCCUUCAUUGGUACACUGGUGAGGGUAUGGACGAGAUGGAGUUCACUGAGGCUGAGAGCAACAUGAACGACUUGGUGUCUGAGUACCAGCAGUACCAGGACGCCACCGUCGAAGAUGAAGGUGAUUUCGAUGAGGAAGACCCGGAGGAGGAAGAAGACGAAGAAGCCGCUUAGGUCAUUCGACACCCUCAUCAUGUACUCUUCACCCUGGUUUAAUAUGGAACUAGAAAUUCGGGAGCGAAAGGUUAUAAGAAACCAUAUAUUUCAUUUAUUUUCAAUUAUACCAGUAAUUAUGAAACUACGGGAGAUAAGUCUUUAAACCUUCCCGAGUCUCGUGGCUUGGGAUGAUUGAUUUUGGCCAAUCCAAUAUCCAUAAGAUCUUUCAUUUACUAAUGAAAUUAUCAUGUGACAAAACUGUCACAUGAAAAAAAUGGUGUAUUUCUUAUAUCAAACGGGUUUAAGAGAAAAAACAAAAAAUGCGUACGAUGAUUUUCGUUGUACAAAAUUCGGAAAGAUUUAUUGGUCCAAUAAGGAAAAUUAGACGGAGGGUCAUUUAACUGAAGGCAAGAUUUUUAAAUCGUGAGAAGAUCUUUGUCCACGACUGUCUGCACAAGGGAUGCAUUUGCAUUUUGAAAUCGCACAAUAUAUACCUACACAUUAUAUUUUCUAUUUCUUCUAUUCCCCAUUAUCUGCAUCUUAUCCACCUUUCCUACAUAUCAGAGGCAUUGUGGUCUAGGGGGUACGUCAACGGACUGUUUAUGAUUUGCAGUUCGAUACCCAGCCAAGGUACUAAUGUCCUUCAGCAAUGAUAUGUCAAUCUCCAUUUGCUAUAGUCACCACUUACUGAAGGGAUAUCUAUUAGGAAGCACUUCCUUAUAAUGCCUUACAGGGCAGACUAGCUUGCUAAAGCCAGGGGAGAUAUAUACAGUGCGUCCCAGAAAAAACGAAACCGAGAAUUAUCGAUGGUUAUCAUAA